AUGAGCUUAAAAGACUAUGUAAUCACCAAGACUGAAGUAAUCGAGGCUUGCAAAAAAGGAGAGUAUGACAAAGUUGCCUUGUUUCUCAGUUCAAAACGAGGAAAGAAGAUCCGGAGUGGACUAAAAUUCUUCACCACCAAAUCAGACAGUCACUGGCUGGCAGACUACAAAGAUGACAAAUCUGAUUUCACUUUGCUCCAUCACGCAGUUCUUGAGAAUCAAAAUCAGAUCAGCAAACUACUCAUGGACUACGAGCCCCUUCUUCUGCUGUGCAAAAGUACCAAAAAUAUACUCCCAAUUCAUUUAGCAGCAUGGAAUGGAAACUUGGAGAUUGUGAAGAUGCUGCUACUACAGACUAUGGAUAAACCAGCUGAUAUUUUGAAUGCAGUCAACAUUUUCAACGAGACUCCACUUCAUCUUGCCGUUCAACGCAGUCACAUCGAAGUAGUCCUAUAUUUGAUCAAUAAAAACGCCGAUCCGUUCAUCAGAAAUGAAAACAAGGAAAAUGUGAUAGACGUUGCGUCCCGAAUUGGAUGUGCCGAAGCUAUCAGAAUGCUUUGUAAAAAGUGGCCAAAGUUCCCUGUUCAAUCAGCUUAUGAGUCUCUUCGUGUGGGAGCACCGGACAUAAAACGAGCCUUUCUUGCCAUCUACCCGUUCCAUCUUGCAGCCAAGUAUAAUCAUGUUGAGUGCAUGCAAGCUCUCCGAGAACACGGAUUUUCUAUCAACUACACAACUGAAGAUGGAACAGCUCUUCAUGUGGCAUCAGCUUGUGGACAGGCGGAAGCAGUUCGAUACUUGUUGGAAAUUGGAGUCAACACAGAUAUCAAAAACCAACAUGGACAAACUGUGCUGCAGAUGAUAAUUGAUUUGCAAGAAAAUCGAAGGAAUGAAAUCGCUCAUUUUGUUAAAAAUCCGGAAGGAUGGAAGGAAUGCAGGUCGAUAAUCGAGGGGAUGGAUAGAAGAGAUUCAGGAAGAGAAACCGAAGGGAGUCAGAGUGAUAAUGAGAGAGAAGCGAUUUGGCAACCACUGCCAAGCCAAGCAAGUGUUCAAGUGUACCCGGACCAACGUCGCAACAACCACUCCAUUUACCAACCACCAUCGAUUUCUGCAAGACUCCGUGACUUAUCACCAGAUGAUUCCACUGAAGCACUAAAUAGCGUCCGUUCAGAGGGUCCAUACACCACGAACACCAUCAACCGCACUUGGAACAGCUCUAUGUAUGACCGAGCACCUCGGACAGGAAGAUUUCCAUUGACAUCGCCAAGUUAUCACACCAAACACUAUUCAUGUCAAAGAUCCAGUGAUACUCUGCCGACAAGACUGAAAAAUGUUAGAUCGAGACCAGCGGAGAAACAGAUUGCAUCCGUUCUUCCUGGAGAAAACUGGGCCUAUAACUCACCGUCAAAAUUCAACGAAUGGCAGAAAAAUCAGCUGACAAGUGGUCGACCACCAGCUCCAUAUGACAAUGUUCCCAGUAGUUCUGCAAUGUUGGCCCGUCCGAGUUCUCCUCUCACAAGAUCUUCAUCACUUCGGCGUCAGACUGGUUAUGCCACACUUCCAAAACUACCAGUGUAUACAUCACACGCUCCUGAUCAUAAUCGCCCAAAUCUGAACGAAGCAUUCAUAUUGGAUUCUGAUAAAACUUUGGAUCGUGCUUUGCAAAGACAUCAGUUCUCGCUAUCUCGAACAACGUGUGACCGUGAGGAAUCGCUCGGACUCACUCAAAGUCCAAGGCUGGACACUCGAGCUAGCAGUGUUACCUCAUCGCUGACAUAUGCUUGUUCUACACUGGAUAAAGAGAAAUUCAAUCGCGAGCGAGACAACGGAAGAGCUCCACUUGCAAUGCCAGAGGAAAUUACGGGUUCUGUAACUGGAAGUGUUAUAUAUAGUCAUGGAAAUGCACAUAUGAAUGGAAACUAUGACAAGGACAACAACGUGACUGCAAUAUUCCUGGACGACCUUACAAAACCGGCAUCUACGUCUGCUGAAAGUCCACCAUCACCGAAUACUUCGAAAGCUUUCAUCUUCGAUGCUUUAUGUGGAAAAUCUCGUUUGGUGGACUCGAAGAAUUCGGACUUUUUUUCUGGAUUUUCCUCUCCAUCGAAUAUCAGCAACAACAGUACGGAAUCAACAUCAAAAGUGCAGAUGAAUAGCAGUUUUACGGAGCCAGAAGAGCCUGUGCGUAUCCGUCGACAGAAUGGAACAACGAAUCUGAUGAUGAAUUCUCUUUCUCCAACUGAUAACUUGUCGUCACCGUCAUCUGACCAGAAGUCAGAUUCGACAAGUGAAGAACCGAGUUGGGAUAGAGUGGAAAGUGUAUUCGAUUCGUUCGGUGCAGCUCCGUGUCGUGAAAGUGUGUUUGUACGUGAAUAUGAGCCACGUGUCGCCGUUUAUCUACGUGAUCGUGGAUCGAAAGCGUUGAGUGUGACGCUAGUCGAUGAUGAACUCAGAGAUCAGAAAUCGCUUCUUGUUAAAAAGCAGCCAAAAACUAUCAUCGACUGGUUGGAGAGUGAUGUGAUGCUGGCACCUGGAGCUGCUGAUUCCGUUGGUGCACUUCUUCAGACUCACGGAUACGAUAGAAUGGAUCAAUUGAAAGGAACCAUCAACAGAAAUAUUCUUGCUGAGAUCGGAGUUGAUGAUGUCACCAAGUUCAAGAUAAUGUCAGAAAUUGAAAAGUUGAAAGAUGAAGUUGCUAGUGCGGGAAAAUUCUUUUAUGUCAGUGAAUGGCUGAAUUUCAUCGGACUCCAGGAUUACAUCUCUGAUUUUGUUGCUGCUGGAUACAAGCAUAUGGCCAAAUUGACUGAGAUCGAUUGGGACACCGCCAAGCUAAUGCAAAUCGGAGUCAGCCGUCCUGGUCACGUUGCCCGCAUCCUCCACUCGUUCAAAAAAGCUGAAGAUGAGAAAAGAAAGGAAUACAAUUCUCGUCUGCAGAUGAAACCUGUAAUGUCACCACCACCUCUUCCACCACGUGUCCGACAGAAUACAUGUUCUGAGUGUCCACAAGGAGACUUCGAAAAGAUCAAGAAUAAACUGCUUCAAGGAAACGUCGUGUAUCGUGCUCACCACCUCGGUGUUCAUGAAAUCGGAGAAACAGAGUGUUCUGAUGAAGCCCAUGCAGCAAUGACUUUUAUGAAAGAAUCGGUUGUUGAUUGGGAGAAGAUUUCCCGCGUCACUUUGGAUUUGACAUGCAAUGGAAUCACCAUCUUCGACGAAACAUUCAAAACACUACUUGAUGGAUAUGGCGUCUACACAAUUCGCGUUGUGUGCCAGGACAGGAAAGAUCUCAAUUUCUUCUGCUUCGUGGCUCGUGACACGGAAAAUCACUUUUUCUGUCACACUUUUUGUGUACUAACCUCGGCAAUCGCAGCAGAAAUUAUCACCACAAUUGGAAUGAUGUUCGAACUUCGAAGCCGAAUGGACAAGAAUCUUCCAAUUGAAGGAACCAUGGUACGAUGCCGCCAUCUUCAACAACUAAACGGAGCUAACCAAAGAAAUUGA